AUCAUUGAUUUUUCAUAACGUUAAAAAUUAUAUAUAAAGUGUAAUGUUGUUAUUUUGCAUCAUUCUGUUAGUUGAUUAAAGAUAAAAUAUGAAGAAUUUAAUCUUAGCAUUUGUCACAAUAUUUAGUGUAAUUACAGCAAUUGCUCGACCAGUCAGUGAAAAUUUGAGUUAUGAAUGCUUGGAGUCAUCUGUCAAACUUAACUUCAAGCGCAAAUCUCCACUUCAUGAAGUGACACUCAAUACAAAUUUAUUCCGGGUUAAGGAGUGCAAUAGAAAAUUUUCAAUAGACGAACCCACGAUAAUGGAAAUCAAUUUUGACAAGUGCACCUUGGGAGCUAAAAAUUUCUUUAUUAAUGUAGAAGAAUUUAAACCGGGAGAAAUUGAUUCUUUACUGUACAGUUUGCCGGUUUAUUGUGAAAAUUUAAUUCCGGUUUAUUCACUAUAAAAAGCAAAUAAAUAAUCUAUUAAAAUUUA